AUGCUUGGUCGACUCCAGAAGAGUUAUGCUUCGAGUUCAUAUCAAAUCAGAAGUCGCGAUCAGAUUACAUUGGCGUCACGUUUUGUGAAAUUCCCUGCUGUAAUGAAACCAGAGUACAGUGCAGGUUCGAUAGGCGUCAAACUACUAGACAAUAUUGGCAGUUGUUACGCAUUUUAUGAUCAGGCUCAGCGACAUAUGAAGACUGAUCAUAAAAACAUCCCGGGGGUAUGCCAUGGGACGUCUAUGCUGCUAAUGGAUUACGUCGUGGGUACGGAACACGGUGUUGACGUUGUUAUUUACGACAAAAAGCUAGUAACGGCUUUCAUACACGACAAGGGUCCAACACGUCUCCCAACGUUCACGAAAGUUUCCAGUUGUUUUCCCACAACGCUUUCUCCCAGCAAGGCCAAUCAGCUGGUAUACGCGGCUUUUCAUUGUUGCAUUGGCAUUGGUCUGGACAACGGUACGUUUAACGUGGACUUGAAAAUGACCGCCACCGGGCCAAAGCUGAUUGAAAUCAACGCCAGACUUGGAGGAUACGAUCUACGAGACAACAUCAAGAAAUGUUUCAAAGUGGAUACUCUUCUGCUUUGCUUCGCCAUCGCCUGUGGUAUUCGGCCCAGGCUGGUUAAACCUCAGCCUUCUUGUUACAUCAUGACUAUUUGUCUGACAGCAUCAGUCCACGGCCAUGCGAUGACACCAGACACACUAGAACUACUGAGGAAACUUAAAGACCAGGGGUUAAUAGAUUUUAAUCAGUUCCAGGAGACUUUGGCGCCGAGCGUUUUGGAGGAACCAUUCUGUUCAAUUGGAGUAACAGCUUCAGAUUGUCAUACAGCAAAAGUGAAACUAGUAGAACUCGGAAAGAGGCUUGGUGUGGACGACAAAAAUUUUCCACUAAUGCAUUGCUUGAGUACAUUUACCUGA